GUGCCAUUUUUACUCUCUCUCUCAAAGCCCAUUUGCAUCUGUCACAUUCUUCUACAGCUUGACAUGGAGCACGUCUUUGGGACCAGGCAAUCCCAUCCUACCCAGCCCUUCUCUGCACAGGUUGUGGGGAAGAAGCUGGAAAGGGGAUGGCAUUUACCACAGCCCCUGCCAUCUCUGAGCUGCAGUAAGGCAGCAGGACAGGGAACAGGAGCUCUCGAGGCCUCCAGCCUAUGUUGCAAUCAUGGUUUUGUUUUUCUCUUUGAUUGUUUUCCACCCACUUCCACUGCUUUUGUUGGAUCUGAUGCAAAGUCUCUUGCCAUGCUUACGCAGUUACAUGCUCUUCUUUCCCCUCCUUUUGUAACAAAACUUCUUUAACAGUUUAUGAUCCAAGUCUUCAAGUUUGUAUUUGCUCUGUCGAAGCCAACAGACACUUUGGAGGAGGGAUAGGAAUUUCUGGCUGUGAACCAUAGUUGAAGUUCUGAAUAAAUGCAAUCUCACUUGCAUUCCCUUCAGGGCUGCAUUAAGAAGAGAUUAAGUGGGUUAUUGUUAUUUAUUUGUAAUGCAGCAGCUCUAUGAAACUUCAUAGGUCUUCUGGGCCUUUCUUGUAUGGUGCAGACAAAAAAUAAAAUGAUGUUUCUAAUCUAAAGGGCUUGUGGACUGGUUUUCGGUGAGGGAAGGCAGGUGGAUUCACUUGAAGAUUUUACCUUAUUUUCCCUUCUUGUCUUCCCCUCACACUCUUUUCUGUUAAAGUAAAUCAGUUAAACCUUUGGAUGGCUCAGAUAUGAUACUAGUUUGGUGAUUUGUGUUGAUUUUAUAUUUUUACACUUACACCUGAGCAAAAAGGCUGUUCCCCAGGAUGAGUCUCAUGAUGCUGUUGUUUACUUCCUACCUGCCUGUCAUCUCUGACUUACUUUGAGUCAAUGUUUAUAACACUUUCACACAUCUUAAUACUCUGAAAAUUUUUGUUACUUCUUCACUGUCUUCUCUUCUGUGUGCCAGGGUGCCUUUUUUUGGGGGAUGAAGGGAAAGACAAAUAAUUGUGGGAUGCUUAGCAUGCUGAUGUUGGUGUAGUGUUUGUGUGUGAACUUGAGUGGGCAGCUAAGCAUUCUUUCGACUAUCAAAAUACUUUGAAUUCUUCUACAUAUCAUGCUUUCUGUUCUGGAAAUUUCUAAUAAGGCUAUGGCUCAACAGCACCUAAAUAUAAAAAUCCAUUUUGACAAAAUUUAAUUAUGUGUGGCUUCAGUAUUAAGCUCCCUGGCAUUCCACUGACUCUUUCAGCACACACUGGGAGUUAUCUGUCACUUGAUUUGCUCAUGUCUAUUCCAGCAAGGCUCUGCCUGGUUGCCAUUGAUGGCUUUUUCAUCAAAUGUUUCCUUUCCAGAUUAAUGUUGUGCUCAGGGAAGCUCAAGAUGGUUGAGGUGCUCGUGACCAUGAGGACACAGCUGCAUGAGCCUCCCAGAGCCCUUCUGCUUGGGCUUGAGUUUAGAGCCUGCCCUGAUGUCCAUCACAGUGCCACUGCAACUAGCAGUGGCGGUGGCCACUAACUCAGAACCAACUGGAUUUGCCUGCCUUUCAGGCGCUCUCACCCCCAAUGGCAGUAGCUCUUUGUUUUCAGAAUACAUCAUUGGAGGGUUGUGGGGAAAGCACAGAAAUGUGGGUACAAUAAACACUUUAGAAGAGUAGCAGCGGGGUUUUUUCCCCAUUGUCUUUUCUCCUUUUAGUAAUUUCUUUUGUUGAAAGGAUGUAAUUUAAAGAAAUUUUAUAAGUUUUUUGUGACUUUCAGGACCUCUUCUGUUUUUGCUUGAUCUGCAGAUGAAAUCAUUGCUUUUCUGAUCCCAAACACAGAUUGUGUUUGUGUUCCCCUUGCAAUUGCUGUGUCAGCCUCAGAGGGCCAACAGGGCUCUCUGCAGCCUGGGGUGGGCAGUCUGUACUGUGUAAACCUCUCAGCUUUACCUUCAUCCUCAUCCAUCCCACUCAGGUCUGGGCAGCCUGAGCUGGGCCGGGCUGUGCAAAUACUGCAUACCACAGAGGAAGGUAAAUGUAUGGAAAAGAUAAAAUUCAUGUGGCUUUUUUCCACCUGGCAAGACUGGGGGGGAUUUUUCAUAGCAAAGCUUAGAAGCUGAUUUAAAGGCCAGUAUGAAAUCAAAGCAUCACAAGAUUUUAUUUUUAAAUUUAUAUAAAUGUGUAGUCCAAUUUAUUAUCGCAAAGUUGCUCUGGAAAUCACUGCUCUGUGCUGCUCUCACGCUUUUGAUGAUAUUCACGUGUCUUCUCUUUCUCUCACAUAUAUUCCAUUAUGUCUGUACUGUAGAUAAGGGAUGACAGUGUGGCUGAGGAUUAAAGCAGGAACUAAGCUGGACUAUUUUUAAUCAGUGCAAAUGUAAUUGUAUUAGACUUUCAGGAUGGGUGGUACUCAAGGUCUGCACCAGGUAAGUGAGACUGUGAUCUCAGUCUGAGAGUCAGACGUCUUAGAUUUGAAGCUGACUCUCAACUCAGCCCUGUGCAGGAGUUACCUUUCUCACCUCUGAGGAGUGGUUAAUAGAUUUUCUUGUUUACUCUGCAGGGCUUUGGAGGGUCUUAAAGGGGUGCUGUCAGGUGCUGGGUGGUUAUGUCAUAAUGAGUAAUUCAGAGUGUUUUAUUGUCAGCUGAGGCUUCACUGUCCCUUUUCUGACCCAGACCAAUGUCUGUCUAAUUCUUGAACAAGUCUAGAAGUUACUAAAAAACUUGCAGGAGCUUCUAGGUUUGUCAGAGGUAUUGUGUCAUUAACUUCUCUGUGAAUGUAAUUCAUUACUGAGUGUUCAGAGCCCUAAUUAAUAGACCUGAUGGACUUAUGCUUUAGCACCUGAUUGCCUAAAGGCUGAACCAGGCAGAAAAAACAAUCACGUGGAAUGAAGGUAUGUAUUCAAAUAUUCAUCCUUGUAGCUACUUAGAACUCAGCUGUAUCAGGCUCUUCAGGAAAAUGAUGUGUCACUGUUCUGAAAUGGGACACCCCACCCCCAAGGUCCCUUCCAGCCUGGCUUAUUUUAAAAAUAUGUGAAAAAAAUAGUAAAAAUGAAAAUUCUCUUUUCUAGAUGCUGGUCAUUAAAAAAUUUCCCCAUGAACAGUUGUUUUCAAAUCUUUUAAGUUCUGUUCCAGCAUUUUCGGACAAGGAAAUAGAGUCUUAGCUAGUCAGCUUCUGCAGGACACAGCAGAAGAGUUUAGUGACACUUGAAAACUGUAAUUUAAGAGAAGGAUCACUUUAAGCCUUACUUGAAAGUCCAAUUGUUAAGUUUCAUUAAUAAAAAUCACAUAAUACAAUUUAAAUGGAGUUCUUGUUUUACAGUCUUCUUAUGUAAAGCCCUGUUUAACUUGAAACAUGCCUUAAAGUUUCAUUAAGACUUGUGCUGCCAGGCAGAAAAAGGAUUACAUUAAUGUCCUUAAAGUGCAUUUCUUUCAGGAGUAGUUUGUCCAAAAUGUUCCUUAACUUCUGACACGAAGCACUGGCCAGAGAGUUGUGUUAUCCUAAACAGUCCUGAGACAUUUCGGGGAUUUUAAACUCCACCCCAGUCCAUAUUUUGCAGUUGACACUGCUGUUCUAAAAUGUCACUAUUUAUGUCCAAGUGCGAAAUGAGAUAAUAUGAUAGUACUUGCCUUGAAUGUUUUAUUUUUAAUUCUAAUUCACUUUUACUAGUGUUUCUGUUGCUUGAAGUUGAGCCUGUCAUUGCAUUGCUGGCUGGUGGAACAACCUGGAAAGUGAACUCUUAAGAGAGGCUCAUCUACCAAGAAUUAACAAAGUAACCAAUGAAUUCGGGGCAUUUUUGGUCCCUAGACAGAAGCAUGUGCCAUUCAUAGUUCCUUCAGAAGUUACUUGCCUUUUUGUGGUUCGAUAUCUGAUGGUCUGAAUAUUUUUUAAAUGUUCAGCUUCAGUGACCAGCUUUGUAUUAAUGGCUUGAAAUUUCUAGAGGUUAGUAAAACACAGCAAGAGGGUGCCUGCCUGGGAAGGUUUGGAUCUGUAGUUGCUGGAGGCAGGGAUGGAAGGCUGAGGACUGCUCCUCUGUGCUUAAAUCUUGUGUUCUCGCCAGUUUCUUAAAUCUGCUAUUGCUGAUGCUGGGGGCAGGACCCUGAGCUGAGUCUGUUCCAUGUAGAAUAGAACUGUACAAAAGAGAAAAGGAGGUGACCUUCAUCUCUUCCUUUUGAGGGGGUGCUGGGAAGGGAAUUUGCCUCCCUGUGCCCAAGGUCACCAUGUAGGCAAUCCCUAGGGACACCACCUCUGGCAGCACCCUCAGCUCCAUGACCUUCUGCUGUGGCGUAUCAGGGCCUUUCUACUCGUAUUUAAUCAUUUUGAGCUGACCUGAAGUGUGGGAUGUGUGUCAGUGCCGGGCGCGUUGCAUGCGGAGACACCCGUGACCUUGCAAGGUCUUCACCCUCCUACCAGCAACAGAAACAGGAUGGUUGCUUUUAAAGGUUCCCUGCGUGAUCCAGGUUACCUGAUCCCUGCCAAAGCCCACUUGUGGUUUUCAUGCAAGAUAUGUAGCUGAAAGGGGAUAAAUAAACCUGUUUGGUGAAUGUGAAGAAUUGCAUUUGUGCAAUUCUCUGCUCCCUCUCAGUUUAUAUAUAUUUUAUUUGUGCUGUAGAACUGACUAGUUUUUUUCUGUCAUGAGCCUUUCUGUCUUACCAGGGAAUCCACACAUAAUUACCUGUAGCCAUGCAAGCAUAAUGAAGAACAGGAUAACAAUGCCAUAACUUUAAAAACAGUCUUAGGGUCAAAAGUUCUUCUGGAAACACUGAGAGAGAAUUUCAGAGAAAGCAUUAGCAUUGGGAAGGAACAGGAAGCAUAACUCAACAAUUAAAUGUGUGCAGGGCGUGGAGAGGGGCCCUCCUUACUUGGAGUACUGGAGUGUUUGUUCCCAUUAGGGCACUGCAGUCUCAACACAGGCUGCAGAAACACAGCUCACUCCUCAAACAGUGCGGCAUGGCUGGGAGAAAAGCAAAAAAAAUAUUUUCCUGGCAGAAAUUUGCUUAGCGAUGAAAGGCUUUACUUAGGAGUGGGGGGAAGGGGAAGAAAUUGAAGAGCGUGGUAUGGGGCUUUUUUAUGUACCGGGAAGGGUUCAACAACUCUUUUCCUCUUUGUGGUGAUGACUGGCAGUGUUUGCAGAUCCUGCCCUGUGCCCCAUCUCUCUUGGAAGGGGCAGGCAAGGGCAGGGUCCAGCUGUACCUUGGCAUGGCUCACAGCUGCUGCUCAGCUGUAAAUGCUGAAUUUGUUGAAAGUCUGGCUGUACUGUACCUUUCUGAGGUACAGUGUAUGUCCAGCAUAUCAAUGAGUCUGUCCCCAUGCAGUGCCCUUCCCUCAUGCUGUGGCUGAUGAGACACACUGGGUCCUACAGUGGCCCUAGAAGCAAGUUUUCAGAGUAAAUAUAAUCAGGAAUUUGGGCAAGAGAAAAUGACAAAAUGCUGGGAGACCAAAUCUUGUUCACGCAGUGUGUGUUGUUUCUGGAAGCCCGAUGACGUUAGAAUAAGCAAUUGCAGUUGGACUUGUUGCGGGGGGGUUGCUCAGCGAUGGGUUGGUUGUGGUGGUGUGACACUGGUCGGGGCUGGGGGAAAGUGUUGGCACAAUCGCAUGAGCUGGGGGAGGAGGAAGAGUGCUGAAAGGCCUCCAGGGAUGCAGCCUCACUGGAUUACUGUUUUUCACACGUUGUAAAAUUCACCUGUCAAGGGGACAUUAACAUGAGUGUGUUCUUCAUGUCAGAAGGGAGCUCCUCUUUGCCUGGCUCCCAGCCCUUUGGCCUUUUCCUACUGCUUCCAUCUUAAAGGCAAAGACCAGAGAAAACUCUUUCACCCAGGGUCCAGUACUUGAAGGGUUCUCUGUAGAUGUGAUGCUGUCUACAAACCAUGAAUACAUCCUGUUGCUUGGGCUGGUAGAACAUAACCUUUCUUACUUGACCAUAAAUAACAGUGUGGACAAUGCCCAGAGUUACAAUUUUUGCUCUUCCCAUGUGAUAUAUUUGAAUGCCAAGUCAGCAGAGUAAUAGAAACACAAGUUUAUCUACGGUACAGGUUCUGCAUGAUCUUUGUUUUUGUGAAUGAGGGCUUUUCCCAUAAAGCAUCAGAUACAGUACAGCCUGUCUCUCGUUUGGCUGUUUGGAUAACUGCCCAGUUUUGAAGGAGAUGAACUGCCUUUAACAAGCUAAAAAUAACACCCUCAUGGCACUGGAACAAGAGAAAUGCUGUCACAGCCAUGCAGUUCACAUACAUUAGCAGAAGGAUGAUACACACUCGAGAAUUUUUGAGUUAGUGUGAAUGUCUCAGAAUCACAUCUGCAAAUUUUUGACCGUGUGCCCUGUCCAAUCUUGGUUGGAAUCAGGUAAAAAUAAUUUGAAAUGUGCUGUGCAGCAUCCAUAAUGUAUGAGGUUUCAGAUCCUUGAAGAUGUAGGUAUGAAAGACACUUCAUCCAGGUGUGAAAGACAAUUCUUACAUAUUCCAUAUCUUCUUGUAUACUUAGGAUGGUAUAAAAUGCCAGUUUGGAGUUGAAAUCCAAAGCUCCCACCAGUGGUGUCAUGGGAGCGCUCUCUGCAGCUGUUGGUUGACGUCGGUAUUAAGAAGGUCUUGUUUCAUUCCCAGGAGAACUGUUUAUUUUGAGGAGUGAUUAUUGCAUAUUUUGUCCUUCACUGGGAAUUAAAAGAUUGUCAUUUAAAAAAAGAAAAGAGAAAAAGAUAAGCAAUUUAUUGUUUGUUAUGAUGUAAAGACUUCAGAUUUGUGGUAAGCCAUGAACUGAGCAUGUAUUAAACAAAAUAAUGGAGUAGCUGAACCCGUUUUCACACUGCUCGAGUUCCAUGUUUGUCAUACACUCAUGGAAUCCCUCAGGUCUCUUCUGUUUACUGAAACUGGUCUUCUGGGAUCUCUCUGCAGCACAUAGAGACAUCUCGUGGGCAGUGACUAAACUGCAUGGAAAGCAUGUGUCCUGCUUUUUUAUGUUUGGGGUGGGGGGAAGGAUAAAGCAUAAAAAAGAGAACAGCAGGGAUCUGUUUGUGUGCAUUUGAUUUCCUUUAGCUCAAAAGCUGUUUCUAGUGGAAAAUCAUAAUAUACUGCAGAAGAAGAGUAGUCUUGUCCAAAAAAGAUUGGGAACUGUUUUGCUGGGAGCAUCUUAGUGUUUCCAAGACAUGUGUUGUCUGCGAUAUGUGUUUCUUGGAAAAUGUAGCUGCGUUAGCCGUUUCCUGCUUUUCUUCAUAUUUAAAAUGCUAUUUUUUAGAAAUUUUUUCUCUUCAAAACAUAAUGAAUAAUUUUAGGGACUCUUUGGAUAUCUGGAAAUGGAGUGUGCUUUGCUUAGCUGCAGCUCUGACCAGUGAGUCAUUGGAGCCAGCACAGCUGGGACCCUGCUUCAUCAAGAGCCUGCCAGCAUCCUCUGAACAGUGAUCAACACAUGGUGGCUCCUGGUGUCAAACACAAGAAGGUUUUGGAGAGUCUUGUUAAAAAUAAAUAUAACAUUACUGAAGAUGAGAGUAGCUCAGCUCUGCCACAGUGCAUUUCCAGUCUGUUUACAGAGUGGGCAUAGGCAGAUAUUGCUGCUGUCUUUGCGAUGGUGAAUGCCAGGUUUUGUUUCUUGUGCGGGUUUGUGUGUGACUCUGCUUCUACUCUUGUAUCUACUUUGUAUCUACUCUUGUGUGUCUACUCUGUAGAUUUUGAGAAGAGACGCAAAAAUAACUGUUGGGGGUUUGUGCCUACUGAAGUGAAUAAUAAUUCCCUGUCUAGCAAUUACUGCAUUGUACUGAAGGCUUAGGUUAGCUUUUGAGUGCAGGCAUUUAGUGAAGUGGCAGACUAGACACCACUUUAAAAGCUUUUGUUUUGUUUAUUUGGCAUUUCCACCUAUUCAGAAAGCUGGGCAGCUCCAGUUCUUGGCUGUUUAUCAGAUUUCCUGAUCUCUUGCUGCACAUGAACCAAGAGUUUUCCAACACUUUCUUUAAAAUGAAGUAAAGGAGGGCUUGGGUUCCCGUUCCCUUUGGCUGGGCAAGAGGAAGUAUGGGCUGCUCCUGGUGUAACCAGCAUGUGUAUUUCCCAGGUGAGUUUCUGGGAAAGGUGGUGGAGGCUUUGUUUCACCAGUGCUGCUGAACACAGCCCGAAUUUGAUCCCUCCUGAGGCCUCCCUGGUAAAUGUGCAGAGCUAAUGUCUACCUUGUCAGCUUUGCUCAGGGGAGCAACCAGGGCACUGGUUUUUACAGAGGUGCCAGUUCAAGACCCUGAAUUAGUGGUGACCUGGAGGUUAUGUUCCUUCUCUUUUCCUCCAUCCUGGCUCCAAGUGGUUCUCUGCUUUUGUGUCAUGAAAGAGAGGAAGGAGCAGCAAUGCAAGUGCCCUUUGGAAGAGGGGAGUCCUCUAGCUUGCACCAAAAAUUGGUACAUCUGGAUUUAAUUUGGACUUCUUGUGAGCCCCGUGGUUCAGUUUAGGGAGCUUCCUGAGCUUUGGGAUGUGCUGUGUUUUGGAAGAAUGUCCCUGGGUGCUGCAGCCUGUGAUGCAGUGUGUCCCCGCUCAUCAGCCUCCUUUUAGGAUCUGUGCAGAUUUAUACAUGCCGUAAAACAGAGCAGUAAGGCAUGGAAAACUCAGUGCUGUUCAAGAUUAGAAAACCAUGUCCUCUGCAUCGCUUGCAAUGUUAAUUCUCGUAAAUUAUAGUGCUGCAGUUUAUAAUUUAUCUGUGAGAUGGAUUCAAUUAAAGUGAAAAAGAGCUAAUUUAAAAGUGAAGGUGUUUUACUUUCUGUGCAAGGCAAAAGGGGCAUGUGGAGUUCCCUGCCUAGCAGAUACAUUUAAGGCUUAAAGCAUGCUGUGCCCCAUAAAGCAAUAAGUAAUUGCACAAAUAACUGAAACAGCCAGAAUUAUACCAGAUCGUGGAAAAAAAAUGUUGAAAAUUUUUUGAAAGGUUAAAGCCUUUAAGGCAUCAGCUUGUCUCAAGGGACUAGGAAGAAAGACUUUGUGCAGGGAACAGGUGAAGGUUUGCAUUGGGUGUUUGGGGCAUUGCUCUGAUGAGUCUGUGCUGGCUCCUUGUGGAGGCCUCUUGGGUUCCUCCUGAUGGCUGCCCCACUGACAGUGGUGCUGAGGCAAUUAAUGUUUAAAUGUUUGGGGUAGUGCUGCUUGAGGAAAAGUUGUCAGGGCUGAAGACCAGGACAGAGUGUGAACGGGACCAGAGAAGAUGUGGAAUUUUCCCAUUGAGCUUGCACUGGUGCACAGCCAUUCCUCUCUCACAUGGCUGUUCUGAAGAAGGGCAGUAGUCUUGCUGGUGGACUUGCUUUGCCAGUGCAGGUAGGACAGAAUUUGUUAUCAGCCUGGUUCUCACUGCUUCAUUCCCAAGCCAUCAGGAUGAAGUGGUCUGCAUGCUGCUAGCGCUCCUUGGCAGAGCCAGCCAGGCUGUGCCGUGGGGAACUGGGUGGGCUUGCUGAUGGGAAAGGCAGCAGCUGAGGCACUCUGCAAGGGCAGCAGAAAAGCAGUUUGCUUAAUAAAUUGUAUCAACCUCUGUAUGCCGUCUUGUUUUUGUAGAUCGGCAAGGGAUUGCCAAGCUGUUUGCGGUUAAACAGUGCAGACUCUCAUAAUCCUGCUCCUCAUCUCGCCUAAUUAAGAGCCUGGUCACACUGGAGCAUUGCCGAGGCGAGGACUCGGAGGGCAGUUGUUCGUUCUGGUGCAGUGCCAGGACCGCAUGUCCCUGAUAGUGCCGUUUCCUUCGAAAUCAAUUGAGAUGUCACCAUCACUUGAUCCCAGAGCUACUUAAUGAACUGGCAAAAUGGGCGCUAUUUUUAGAUCUCCCUUUAAACUACUGUGCGUGUUAAAGCUCCCCUUGUCCUUAACACUGGAACAGCAUUGGGAGGGAUUUAUUGGUUUAGUUUAAUAAGAGACCUACAGGACUGAAAUAAUAAGCUUCAUUUCCUGGAAAGUGAGGAAAAUUAAAAUGGCAUGGUUAACUCUGCACAGCCAGCUCGAGACAGUAAAGUGAUAUGUUCAUGGACAGAAGGAUAAGGUGGAGCUGGGUUUUUCUUGUCUAGGUUAUGAGAGAGCCAAAGAUUACAGUCAUACACCUUUGGGAAGUUCUUGCAAGCUUUGUAGAUCAGAUUUCUAAGUGUUUUCUGAAUAGGAUAAAACUCCUGGUGAUUUAUUAUGCAAGCUCAACAACUUAAAGAAUAUCUACAUCAUUACAAAUGUUAGUGUCUUCCCCUAUGUGUUUAUAAUUGGUGUCAGAAAAAUACUUCUGCUAAAAUUAAAAAAAAAAAAAACCAACAAACACAGAUAAUUUAAAUGUUUUUAAUGACACAGAUAAUUUACAUGUUUUUGCUUCCUAAUUGUAGUCUGAAGCCUAGUUGGAUAAACUAUAAUUUCAGGAAGCUGUUGAGAAUGUCUUGAGGCUUUCCCUAGCACUGCUGUUUGCACAGAUGUGACCUUCUGUGGAUCAUACAUAGGGUUUGGGAAUUUGCUAUCUGUAGGCUCACAGGCUCCAGGAUUACCUUGAGGAGAAGGUAGCUUGGGGUGCACAGUUUUAAUACAAGUGGAAGUUGUGUCCUGUUUUUCUUCCCACCCCACUAGAUGAAAAUGUAUGUGGUUGUGGAAUGCACUGGUACUUUUCGCCUGUGGCACAGUCAAAAUAAAAAUCGGCAAAAACCCCAACAUAUCAGCAACAAAGAGGCAUGAGAUAUGCUGAGUAGGUCACCCUUGAGCCUGAGCUCAGGGUGGAAAUUGGCCCUGGAAGAGAUGAUUUCAGCAUCUCUUUGUACAGUACUACAAACUAAGUAAUUUUUUCUCCCCUCUUCUGAGCUGGAGGAAGUGGUCCAGCUUUGGGCUGAGAGCUGUGUGGUCCUACCAGGUACAGCUGCCCAUAUCCAUGCAGACUGUGAAAACCAAACAGCUCUACAGCUCCAGACUUGAUCUGUGUUGUGCUCAGCUCCAGAAAAGUCAGAUUGGACCCAUCCCCAUCUGUUGGAUGCCUAAAGCACGCCAGCAAAGCUGGCUGCUUUAGGGAGACAUUCAUCUUGUUUUUCUUCAUCUCUAUGCUUCACAUGUUUUCCCACCACAGAGUUAUCACUGGCUCUGUGCACCAAUUGAUUUCUACACCUGUAAGACCACCAUGUGAUUUUUGUGUCUGUGCAAAUAAUUUCUACCCUUCUGCAGGGGAGGCACACUCACUUCAUAAAGAGUGUUCCCACUUGUAUGACAAAUUUCAAUGUAUCUUUGUGAGAUCCAUGAGGUCCUGUCUCAUUAUGUACUUCUGCUGACUUCUGGGUAUCCUUGGAAGUCUCUUGGAAGGAGAGCUUGGGAUACUUUGGCUGUGACCUAAUUGCAGAUGGUUUGGGUUUCUUAGGUGGGGUUUUGAAUCUGAUAUCUUAUGUAUCUUCUGGAGUCAGGCCCUUUUCAGGGUGACCAAAUCACUGGUACUGAGUUUUUUUUUUCAGACUAAUGAAUGAAUCGGAUGGUUCAAAGUUUACAUGGAGCUGUGAGCUGCAAAGCAUUUGAUGCUGGAAGUGGACUCUAAAGUAGUUGCUGCAAUGCCUUGAAAAAUCAACAACUACUAGCUAGGAUGUACAAACUAUGUGUAAAUUAAAUGUAGCUGUUCAUGUUGAAGAGGAAGGAAUAAAAAGCAGUUCCCAUUCCAGCUUCCUGUUUCUGCCAGUUUUAUGUUUUCCUGAAGUUUCUACUGUUCAAACUAAAAUCUCGAAGUCUAGACUUUGCACAAAAGAUAAACUUUGGCUUUGUUGGCUUGGGUAUAAGAGGGACUGGGGGAUGGGAGGCAGGUUGUGGGAAAGACUGACGUUUUUAAGAUUGAAUAGCAGAAGCAGAAAUUAUUUUUACAGGAAAACGUUUGGCUACUUGGGUGGGGUUUUUUAAAAACUGACUUCCAGCAGUUCACCAGCACCUUCCAAAAUGCUGAGGCUGGGCAGAGCCUGCCCAUGGGCAGCUCUGCUUGUCCCUGAGCACAAGAGAGCAGGAGGCAGACGACAUGUGGCCGUGCUGCUUACCUUUUUACUUGGCGUCCGGGCAAGCACAGUCGGUGAUGGAAACUGAGAAGUCUCAAGAUCCAGCUUGUGCAGAAGUGUCCAAAGGAAACAAUCAGAGUUCAACUCUGGCAAGUGGCAUACUGAAAUACAGAAGUCGAUCUCAAGGUGCCGGAUCCCGCUUGGAGUCUGUGGGAGAAGACGAUGAGCUGACGGUGGAAAAUGGUGAAUCAAAUUACGAAAUAGCAGUGAAAUAUUCCCGGGGUGGACGAAAGCACUCUCUGCCCCAGCAGCUGGAGUCAGCAGGAGCCAGACAGGACUACCAUAUAGUGAAGAAAUCCACUCGUUCCUUCAGUGCUGCCCAGGUGGAAUCUCCAUGGAGACUGACUCAGCCGUCCAUCAUUUCCAACAUUGUCCUGAUGAAAGGGCAAGGCAAGGGUCUUGGAUUCAGCAUUGUGGGAGGUCAGGAUUCUGCUCGUGGACGCAUGGGGAUUUUUGUGAAGACUAUAUUCCCAAAUGGAGCAGCGGCUGCUGAUGGAAGGCUUAAAGAAGGGGAUGAAAUCCUGGAAGUUAAUGGAGAGUCUCUGCAAGGACUGACCCAUCAGGAGGCUAUCCAGAGAUUUAAGCAACUCAAGAAGGGCGUGGUGACACUGACGGUGCGCACGCGGCUGCGCAGCCCCAGCCUCACGCCCUGUGUGACCCCCACCCUGCUGAGCCGCUCCAGCUCCCCCAGCGCCAGCAGCAGUGUGCCUGUCCCCGGCCUCGAGGAGUCCGAGGGCUCCUCCUCCAGCCGCAAAGGACCUGGCCCCAAGGACAGGAUCGUCAUGGAUGUGACACUCAAUAAAGAGCCAGGGGUUGGGCUCGGCAUUGGUGCCUGUUGUCUCACGCUGGAAAAUAGUUCACCCGGGAUAUACAUUCACAGCCUGGCCCCAGGAUCAGUGGCUAAAAUGGAUGGCAGAUUAAGCCGGGGUGACCAGAUUCUGGAGGCGGAUUCUGUGAGCCUGCGUCAUGCAGCAUUAAGCGAAGCCUACGCAAUCCUCAGUGAGUGUGGACCAGGCCCAGUCAGCCUAAUCAUUAGUCGUCAUCCUAACCCAAAGGUUUCAGAGCAGGAGAUGGAUGAAGCAAUCGCACGUACUACCCACCGAGAGAGCAAGGACUCCAGCUCCUCUCACGUCACAGGAGCUGUGCAAAAAAGUCCAUCUCCUAGUGUGAAGGCCAAACAAGGAGAGACCUCGUCUCCCCUCAGCUGGACUAUGAAACGCUUCUUGGAGCCAGCAAGCCGGCAGGGAUCCGUCAGCUCCGAGGCAGAACUUUCUCAGUACUUCUCCCACGAUGGUUCAAGCCAUCUCCCCUUCUCUGAUGCUGUCCCUGGCACAUGUGAUGAGGAGCAGCUCCGUCAGAAGAACAGGAACAGUUGGCUGGAUGAUGGCUCUCUUCUCCCUGGCAGUCUGACUGCUAGAGAUGCAGGGGUGACAAAAGCAAAUGGUUUGGCUUCUUCUCCAGCUAGUGGGAGGUCAUCUGGCCACCACAGCAAGCACAUGGAGUCUGUCCGACCCGGCAUCCUCAGCGACAGCCCCAAAUCUGCCCGCAGCCCCUUUCACCGACAGAGGCGAGUUGUUUUCUAUGAUGGUGACGCCAGUGAUGACGAUGAAAGUUCCCACUUGCACAGAAGCCAGAGGGCCAAGAGCCAGGAGGAUGCUGGCAUUGUCAUUACAACCUCGUCUGUAGAAAUCGAUGAUGAGAGCCAGGACAGUGAGUCAUCGAGAUACAGUGGCAUGGAGACAUCUUCCCCUGUCUUCAGCAACUCUGUGGAGUCUGCAGACAGCACACUGGAGCAAGUUGAAUCUCCUUUUUUCCCUAUCAUAGCAUUUGAUUACUCAAGUGUGCCUGAAGUUCGUCUUGGCAGCCUGAGUUUGAGGGAGCUCCGGGAAGCACAGCUUGAAUCCAAGAGAUCGCCAAAACUUGAGCACAGAGCAGUCACCAGAGUGAAAAGCAUGAUGAGCACUGAGUGCCGAAGCCUUCAGAGACACAGGACAGAGGAGCAUGGCUCUUACAACAAGCCUGUUGCCAGGACCCUCCCUCACAGCAAGAAGUGUGAAGCACCUGAUGUGGUCGGGCAGGGCCAGGUUGAAGUUGUCACUCUGGUUCGCAAUGAGCAUGAGUCAUUUGGCCUGGAUUUGGAAAUCCAAGCCAUGCCCUUAAAGGUUGUCGUCACAGGGAUGCGGCCAGGUGGACCGGCAGAAAUGGGAUCAAUGGGCAAGAUGGCUGUAGGAGAUGAGAUUACCACUAUCAACAGCAUCCCCGUCAGCAAGAUGAUGUACGAGGAAAUCUGUUUGCUUAUGCAGUGUCUUCCCACAUCCGUAACCCUGGAGAUACAGAAGGCAACGUCAGCUGUCAGCAGAUUUACAAACCUCAUCCUGUCUCCGGGGGUAGACACUCAAAAUCAGGCCAAUGUCAACAGCAUCCUCACAGCAGAGGAGGAACAGAGCUCUGGAAAGCGAGAAAGAGCAGGUCUGCAGGCUUCUGUCGGCGGCUGCGCGGCGGAGAGAGCAACACUGCCGCCUGAUGCCACGAGUAGGGACGCGCACAGAGGCGGCCCGAGGGCCAGCCGUGACGAGGACUGCGCGGCCAUCCCAGUCACUGACAUCGAUGACCUGCUCAGCCAGAUGGGUGCUCCCGAGGGCAGGGCCUCGCGCACCCCAUCGCGCGCAGAAAGUCCCCUCCGAGACGAGUACACCACGAUGUGCUGCUGUGGCACUGACGAAGGCUGCCCCGGGUCUGAGCCACGAGCACCCAAGGAGGAGCUGCUGGGAAAAACUGUGAAUUGUGGAGCUAAUGCACAAGGGGUUUUGGGGCUGUCUGUGUUGGACUCCAUCAACACAGGCAAACUUUUUACUGUGAAUAAAAACUCUUUAAAUAACUAUUCUAGGAAUUUUAGCAGUUUAAAUGAGGAUGAGUUGCCCGCAGCAAACUCUCUGGAAGGUAAGAGAAGUGACCAGUUUCCAAAGUCGAUGUAUGGGGCUGCAGAGGAUUCCCACUCGGAUGCAGAGUCUGUCACAGAAGCCUUUGACAGUGCUAGUGAGGUGUUGCUUGGGCAAUGUGCUGCUGCUAAUGCCCCCACAGGCUCUACUGUAAUAGAGUCAGAUGAGGAGCAAAUUGAGAUUUGUUGCGUGAGUGAUGAGCCGCAGAAGCCCACACAGGAGCAGCGUCUCACCCCUGGAACAAGCUCAUCCUCACUGUCCCUGCUGCACCCUUACAGUGGCAAAGUUUUGCAAAAUGAGGGCUGUGCAAUGUGUGGGUCACUGGAGACAAGCAUUAACAAACUAGGUUUGGAAGAUCAUGGUGGUCCCACUUCAUGUCCUUCACAGUGUCCAGAUGUGUCCUCUGCAUCGUUGUGCUCUCCUUCCUCAGUUCUCCUGCCAAAAGAAGACAUCCUAAAGAAUUCAGUCAGUAUCCCCGAAGUUUACUCUUUCUGUAACAAUGGUGCCUUACGUACAGAAGAACAGAUGGAUUUGGGGAAGAGUAAUGAACAUAAGAAAUGCUGUGAAUCCAUUGAAGAGAAAGGGUCUCUGCACUGCAAAAAGACAAGCUUUUGCUCUGCUAGAAAUGUCAAUGUCUUGGAGAACAGCUUGUUUGAGAAAGAAGGAUGUCAUGAUGAGCAGAGAUCCAAAUCUGAAAGUGAAGUGGCAGUUGAAGACUGUAAUCAUGCUGUUAAUUAUUGCUUGGUGAAGAAAGAAACCAACAGUUUGUCCACCUUGUCUAAAACAGACAGCAAUCAUGUGAAUGCAUCGUCAACAAGAGGAAUAUCACUCAGGUCACCCUUUCCCACUAGAUCUAAAGAUCCAAAGGCUAAUGCAACUCAUGAACUGCCAGGAAAAAAUGAGAAAAUUAACUCUGUGACUUCAGGAAGGACUUCAAAUGGAAAAGUCCAAAGCUCAGGCACAAAUCACUGCAAAGGAGCUGCAGUACCGCACAGCCCGUCCUCACAGAAAAAAUCCUGUCAGGAGUCUAAGGCAAUAGCACAAAAAAGUAUAAUGGACACCCUUUUAAAUAAUCAGAAAUCUAAAGCAGGACCAAAGCUAAAAGGGUUCACCAUCAAAAGCAAAGCAAAGACAAAUUCAGAUUCUUCUAGCAUUACUCCUACCAAAGUCAAUGGGGCUGAUCAGAAAAGGGCUUCUGUUUCUCCACAACUAUCCCCCAAACUCCUGGGAAAGAAAACACCAUUGUCCUGUAACUCACCUACAAACUCAGAUCCUGGGAAAAGCAUUUCAGCAGCCUCAAAGACUCUGAAAUCAGAGCUAGAAAAUAAAUCAUCUCUGGUAAUUUCUGAAGAUUCACUUCUGCCUCUCCUGAAUGGCAGCAGCAGUCCAACUACGAGUGGUGAAAUGAAAUGUGGCUGUGGGGAGCUAUCAUGGGGAAAGCCAAAAGAGAAGCAAGUUUCUAUGCAGGCUGUGGUGUGUCAGGGUAAGGAUGCUAAGGCGGAUGAUUUCAGAGCCAGAGACAGUCAGUCUAUAGUCACUUCACCUCCUCAGGGGAUACCAAAAGCUGAAUAUGUCAAAGGGAGGACCGAUAACCCUGGAGGAGACCUGAACACAAUCAAAAGCAUCCACAGUGCAGAUGACCUUAGGCAAUUAGAUCUGCAAAAUGUAGGAACGGCUGCUGGAGCCUGCUCUUCUUCAUUAGGGUAUCCCUCAGUUCAGCAGGAGCAGCUGGAAGGGCAGGAAAUCCAACGCACUUUCAUUGAGGUGAAGCUUUCCUCCUCAUCAUCCCCUUCCUCCUCCUCCUCUGCCUCGUCCUCACCAGCAUCAUUUUUGCGGCUGCCAUUGCUGGAGAAAACAGAAGAGGUGAAUGCAGAAGUGCCUCGGCUGACUGAGGAGAUGAGGACCAUGCAGUAUUUCUCAAGAGGAGAUACUGCUGGAGACAGACGUCUCUGUGGCUUGUCAAAACCUGUGACGAGGACCUACUCAAUGCCAUCCCAGUUAUCAGGUCACUUGAGGGAGGACUGCCAUGUUGCAGAGGUUCACUCUGUGCAAGGCCCCCAGGGCCAAACUGCAGAGGAGAAAUACCCACAGGCAGCUACGGGGACGUUAAAGAUGGUUCACCUGAAUCUGCCUAACAGCCAGAGUGGAAAGGAGCAGGCUUACACCUCCAAAAGUGCCCAGAAGGUCCAUGACACAUCCUCCUCAGCCAGUGACGUUAGCUACCCCACUGCUGAUAAACUGAGAAGCUUCAGGCGGAAUUACUAUUACUAUGAGCUGAACUGGCCACAUGAGCCGAUUUCAUCCUUCUCUGUCAAACAGAGGAUCAAAUCCUUUGAAAACCUGGCAAAUUUUGACCGGCCCUUUGUGAAGGCCAUUGAUAUAUGCUCGGCUGCAAGGUUGCCCCUUGCCAGGAGGUCAUGUGGUGGGUUGGCCACCACAUCCAGCUCUGCUGAGGCACCGUGGGCACUGCGGCGCAGCUUGAGCUCCUACGGUGGCAGUCCCAGCCCAGCCAACACCGUGGCCAAGUCUCCCCUUGGCACAGAGCCUGUGUGUGUGACCGAGAGUGGCAAAGGGGACGGAAAGCCCCAGAGGAGUGAGGAGGAUGGUGCUGGGGCAGACACGGCCGCCUUCCGCACCUCGGCCUCACAGAUGCGCCGCAGCCGGGGCCUGGGGCGGCCGCCGCUGUCCCGCUCCAGGCUGCGGGAGCUGAGAGCCCUCAGCAUGCCUGACCUGGACAAGCUGUGUGGAGAGGGUUUCUCAGAGCCCCCACAGCCUGCCUGCUUCAAGACAGAGCUGGAAAUCAUGCCCCGCAGAGUCCUUGGCACACCUGCCCAGGGCGGGGCAGCUCCACCAGCUCGCUGCAGCCCAGCAGAGCUGGGUGGGAUGGGAAUGGGAGCCUGCAGCCCCCGGGACAGUGGCUCAGGGACGCCGGGUUCUGCCUCGGAUGAUGACAUGCCCCAUGGCAGCUCUCUGGAUGGGGGAAACAGCUGGUCUAUCAGCUUGGAUCAGCUGCUCAUCUCAAACCUGGACCAGCAAAAACUGCAAUCUGUUUUGUCAGUGGUAGUACCAAAAUGUGAUGUUGCUGCUAUGCUCCAAGAAGUCAAAGCACAAGUAAAGAGCAAAGAGGACACCUACUUUGUAGUCUUGCACAAAGAAGAAGGAGCUGGCCUGGGAUUUAGUGUUGCUGGAGGAAUAGACUUGGAACAGAAAUCAGUCACAGUCCACAGAGUGUUCUCAAAGGGAGUGGCAUCUCAAGAAGGGACUAUCCAUCGAGGAGAUCUUGUUCUGUCAAUCAAUGGCAAAUCUCUGGCAAGCUCAGUCCAUGGGGAUGUCCUGAAUACUCUUCAUCAGGCAAGGCUGUACAAAUAUGCAGUCAUUGUCAUCCAGAAGGAAAAAGACAAAACAAACAAUUCCUCCAGACUCGAGAUAGCAGCUACUGGCAGAAAAUGUGUGGGGUCUGGAAAGGAUGUUUCCAUGGAAAUAGGAAGAGAUCCAAACCUGGACAUGAAUGAUGUCAUCUGCGUUGAAUUAUUGAAAACCUCUGCUGGUUUGGGAUUCAGUCUUGAUGGUGGAAAAGCCUCCAUUGCUGGAGAUAAGCCCUUGCUUGUAAAAAGGAUAUUUAAAGGUGGUGCUGCAGAGCAAUCUGGAAACAUAGAAACUGGAGACGAAAUUCUUGCUGUUAGUGGGAAGUCAUUAAUUGGGCUCAUGCAUUACGAUGCCUGGAACAUCAUUAAGUCUGUGCCAGAGGGGCCUGUUCAAUUGCUAAUCAGAAAACACAGAACUGCAGUAUGAUGGAAGUACUACAUCUAAUCACACUUGCUAAGACAAACCAUUUAUAACUGUCUAAAAGCUGUCUUUGUUUAUAAAGCCACACAGAAGUGUCUUAAUGCUUUACAGAGAGGUGCUAAGAGCCUUGGAGAACCACUGAGCAAGCGUGUGAUGAGCUUCAGAGAUCUCACCUAAUGAUUGGAGAUGAAGGAAGCCAAAAGCUAGAGACAAUUUUGUAUUAUGUGGCAGUUUUAUUGGAACUUCAAGACCUCUCCUGGGUUUGAUUUAAAGUAUUUUGACUGAGAUAAAUAACACUGUGCCUGUCCCUGAUAUUUUUAGUAUCUUGCAGAGUGUUGCUAGUAGAACUUGAUGGUUGCCAUCCUGUUGACAAGGGUGGGUUUUAGACUGUACUAUAUCACUUAGCUGUAAUAAGAUUUAAGGACACUUCCUUAUGGUCUGGUCCUUUUUUUUUGUUGUAAUAAGAGAAUGUCUGGAACAAUCUCACUUUAUUCUUCUAAGUGCAGUUUUGCUAAAAGUGCAUGACAAAAGAGUAUAAUUUUGCACAACUUGUAUGCCUAAAAUACAAGCAUUUUAUUGCAAAGCUGAAAAAUCCUCUUAAAAUUAAUGAACUAACUCAGCAUCCACCACAACUGAAUCUACUUCUAGGUGCAACUUGUAUCUGAAAGCACUUGGUUUUAAAGCAGUAGAAAUCUGUAAGAAAAUAAUUUCCAUGUAAUAGGUGGUUGUCCACCAAAGUGUAUACUGAGUUGUUAAUUAUGAUUAAAAUGGGGGCGAUAAAAAACUGGGGUCUGAAUUUUCAAAUUUAGGCUUCUAAUGUUAGGCACCUUUAAAAUAUAUAUAUUUUUAAAAGGGGGAUAAUUUCAGGUGCUGAGCACUUACAGAUCCCACAGACUUCAGUGACCGCUAAGAACGUCUGCAAGUUGGGCUGCUUUUAUUUAUCUCCAAGAGGUUUAAAGCUGCCCAACUUGAAAGACUCAAGCUGAAAUGUGGUGAUCUAAAAAUGGGGAUUAUAACAGAUUAAAUCUGAGCUGGCCAUAUUUGUGGUGGCUUUUAAUUGGUCUUCUUUGUUUUCUCCUGUCCAGUAUUUAUUUUUGCUUGUGUGAGAGUGGGUUGAGGAUAUGUGUGUGGAUGAUACAAGUACACCCAACUGUGUCAGGACUGGGCUGAUACUGAGGGUUCUGGGUGGUGAAACUGAAAACUGUUGGUGCAGAUGGGAGAAACCAUGGUGUUGGGCACAGCAAAAGAGAAAGGGUUGCAAUGCCACAGGAACUUAGUUUGGAUUUUCUCACUUCUACUCACAGAAGAGGUAUCAGUAGUGGACCAUGCUGCUUAGUCUGCUGUGCUAGGAGGAGAGUGUAUGGGUGCAAGAGAUUAGACUCUGUUAUUUCUCUUCCUACAUCUGGGAUAGCUAAACAACAUAAAAUGCAUACAGGAGGAAAUGGGCCAGUGUCCUUAUCAGCUGAGAACAAGUUGUUUGUUCCACAGUGCUCAGGUUGUACAUCACAUUAGGCUGGAGACUGCUUGCAGCCAACAUCCCCAGGGUGAAGAGUCCUCGGUCUGGAACCAGUCCAAGUCUGAAGUGCUGCCUCUGUUUUCAGUGAGCCAAGACACUGCGUAGCUGUUACAAAAAGGUCUGGGCUUGUCACUUGGCCCUUCCCCAUGAUCAUACUGUAGUUCAGUUUAUUUACAUUUAUUCAGCAGUGCUUGAAGCAAUUGCUUCCACGUUAGCGGAGCACUCGCUUGGGUUCAUCUCUGUGACAGCUUCAUUAGACUGCAGCUCAUGAUGAGCGGAAGAAAAUUCAGUUCUGCAAGGCAACCUGAGACCAGAUAAAUAGAAAAGCUGUGCAAUGUUUGUCUAAAAAUGAAUAAAUAGGUUAAAUUCUUUUUCAGUGACGUAUCAGCAUGUGAAUCCAGGGAGAGAUGCAGCUUUUGGUUACAGGAAAGGCAAUACUGUAUGUAGUCCUACAGCUACUUUGCCUGCAGGAUUUCUGCUGAAACUAAUUCAGGUUCAGUGCUGUGAGAUGACUGUGGAGUUGGGUCCCCUGUGAACCCAAAGCUCAGCCACUCUGUCGGGACUGGUCCAUGCCUCCAGCCACUUCCGUGGUGGGAGAGGCUUCAGGAGGAUGCAGCUCUUAGGGCUGGAGGACCACACAAAUUCCAGGCCUGUGAUGGGAUAGAAGAGGUUACCCCUGCAUAUUUGCUGAAAAACAGGGAGAAGAUAAUUCAGCAGGGACAGCUGAAUGGUGAGGCCUUGUUCAGGAAUGACCAAAAUCCGACUGUAAUAGCGUGUAUAAUAGAUACAUAAAAUGCAUGUGGAAUUUAAUGCAGCGUAGUGAAUGCAUACCUGUAUACGUAUAAUACGUGCAGUGCAGUACUGACUUUUUGCUACUUUAAUGUGGUAAAUCACAGUUGUGUUUUAGGCAAUGGCAUUUUUUUCAGUCCACAGUCUAGAAUUCCGAAGGUUCCAUCGCAGGGAGGCAUAUGUCUCCCUCGCUCCUAAACUGGUGUGAGCUCAAAGGUAAAGGCUUCAUUUUGUAAAUUAAAGUUAAUUUGAGGUGUCUUAAGAUGAUACGUGGUGGUAUUUUCAGAUGCUUAUUUGCAGGUACUGUUCAUUGUGAGUGAUUUAGAAGGCUUUUUUUCAGUAAUCAGAUACUGUUCAGUAUUUUAUUUUACAUGCACGUAGAUAAGUGUUGGCUGAAUAACAGCAAACAGAAAUGGGGAUUUUUGUGUGUGAUUCAGUAGUAGCUAUAAUUUAAAAGAUAGGUUCAGUGUUUUAAAUCUGAUAAUAGUUACUAUGGGUAGAAAGAUAACACUUCUCUACUAACAUUAGAGCAAGCAGAAGAAUUGUAUUUAACCCUGAUUGUUUCUGUUCCUGAAAAUACCUUUUUUUUUUCCUUGUGAAAGAACAACAUCUUCGCUGAUGUUGGUAUGAUUACAGUAGCAUUUCCUGACAUCUCUCUUGGGGUGACAUGCCCUGAAAAAGUUCCAGGAUUUAUGCAGUAUGGGUGUCUGCUUUAUUACAGACAAGAUGGUUAGGACAAGCAGAUGUAGUAAAUUUUGGUUACACACCUGGCAAAGUAAAUGUUCUUUUUCUGAGAGCCUGGUUGCACUAAAAUGAUGGAGGACGUUGCAUUAGUUCAUCAGUAUUCAGUAGGAUCACAACCAUUUUUGGCCUUGCUGUUUGCAUAUCAGUCCCCAUGGUGAUUCUUCACCCUGCUGGAGUGUUGGCCAAACUUUAGGAGAGCAGAGACUUAGCAGCUGCAUCCUAGAAGACCAAAAAUCAAGAUGAAAUUAUGCACUUCUUCACCAGGGAGCUGAAUUCAUUCCAGACAAGGGGAGUUUGCUCCUAGAUGGAGAAGAUUUAGGGCUUUGGUGCAUCCAGGCCUGGGGCAGCUGAAGGGGCACAUCAUGGAUAUGAGAGCAGUGAGAUACUGCCAUUGCAUAUUCUGCAACCUUUUGUACCUGGAAGCUCUUUCCAGCUUCUCUAGGGAUUGCAUCUGUAUUGAAAACUCUGAGAUUAGGGAGGAAAAAACAUUUGAUCAUUUUCUCGCAAAAAAAAAUAAUAGAAGGACAGAUAAAUAGUAAGAAACUGUUAAGUGAUUCAUAUUUCCUAAUAACCCUCACCUAAAAUUAACCCUGAUAAAUGUUCUGCAGUGGUUCUUGUCAAAUUCUGAAGGAAGUGUUCCCAUAUGGGAAUGUUUACCUGUUUCUAUGUUUAGGUUAUGUAAAUGUACAAGUGAAAAUAUUGAUGAAGAGUAGACUAGCUCAUGAGAGAAAUGGGGAUCCCACUGUAGGUAGAUUUUGUGUGUUAGUCUGAUACACUUAUUGUAUAAUAUUGUAUAUUUACACUUUUAUUUAUAUAAAUAAAACUUCUUUUAAUUAAAA